GGCUGGGCGGGGAAGAGCCGGGCCACACCGACACUGGGGUGUGCGCCGGAGGCCUCGGAGGUGCCUGCCUUUCCCCACGUUUGCUGAGUAGGUGGUUUUAAGAUAAAGAAACAGGUGUUAGGUGAAGUCUGCGGCGGAGACGCUGCUGUAGCAGGGACCCCUGCCCGUGUGAGCACGAGUCCCCAGCCGGUGUUGACCGACUCAGGAGAGAAGGAGUUUGAGACAGCACCCGUGCAAAGGCAGAAGAAAGGACGGCUAGACGGUGCAGACUCCUGUGCCCGGGCCGUGUGUCUGUUCUCACCGAUUCCUCUAAGCACCCGAAACGCUUAGCGCGGAGGAAAGGCUCAGGGUACAUCGUCCUCCUACUCCCUGGGGAUGGCCCUGUUGCCAGAUGAACUUUGAGGGACAUUGAAGGCCCCUUAAAAACAGGCACAGUAAAUAUUAGCCGUGGACACACAGAUUCAGAUAACGCCUUGGCUAUAAAAGGAACGUUGCUUAUUUCACACGCUGAACACUUGCUGGCUGUUGUGUUGCUGUUCCCCUGAAGAACCGAGGUGCACCCUCAAAUUCAGCACCCCUUGCCUUCUACAACUGAGAUCUCAGCACGAUGGAUGUUCCGGAUCCCCCCACAUCCAAGUGUAUCACCUACUGGAAAAGAAAAGUGAAAUCCGAAUAUAUGCGGCUUCGACAGCUCAGGCGGCUGCAGGCGAACAUGGGGGCCAAGGCUCUGUAUGUGGCAAAUUUUGCCAAAGUUCAAGAAAAAACCCAGAUCCUCAAUGAAGAAUGGAAGCAACGCCGUGUCCAGCCUGUGCAGCCGAUGAAGCCCGUGAGCGGGCACCCUUUCCUCAGAAAGUGCACCAUCGAGAGCCUCUUCCCGGGCUUCGCCAGCCAGCACAUGCUGAUGCGCUCCCUGAACACCGUGGCGCUGGUGCCCAUCAUGUACUCCUGGUCGCCGCUGCAGCAGAACUUCAUGGUGGAAGAUGAGACGGUUCUGUGCAAUAUUCCCUACAUGGGGGACGAGGUGAAGGAAGAAGACGAAACAUUCAUUGAGGAGCUGAUCAACAACUACGAUGGCAAAGUCCAUGGCGAGGAAGACAUGAUCCCUGGAUCCGUCCUCAUCAGCGACGCCGUCUUCCUGGAGCUGGUAGAUGCCCUGAAUCAACACUCCGAUGAGGAGGAGGAAGGGCACAAUGACGCCACUGACGGAAAGCAGGGCGAUGGCCAGGAGGACCUGCCAGUGACCCGGAAGAGAAAGCGCCAUGCUGUGGAGGGCAACAAAAAGAGUUCCAAGAAGCAGUUCCCCAAUGACAUGAUCUUCAGUGCCAUCGCCUCGAUGUUUCCGGAGAGCGGUGUCCCCGAUGACAUGAAGGAGAGGUACCGGGAGCUGACGGAGAUGUCAGACCCCAACGCCCUCCCCCCACAGUGCACACCCAACAUCGAUGGCCCCAAUGCCAGGUCUGUGCAGCGCGAGCAGUCCCUGCACUCCUUCCACACACUCUUCUGCCGCCGCUGCUUCAAGUACGACUGCUUCCUGCACCCUUUUCAUGCCACCCCCAACGUGUAUAAACGGAAGAACAGAGAAAUCAAGAUCGAGCCAGAACCCUGUGGCUCCGACUGCUUCCUUCUGCUGGAGGGUGCCAAGGAGUACGCCAUGCUGCACAACCCUCGCUCCAAAUGCUCCGGGAGACGGCGGCGAAGGCACCACGCGGUCAGCGCCUCCUGCCCCAACACGUCCACCUCCUCUGUGGCCGACACGAGAGAAGCGGACAGUGACAGGGACACAGGCAACGACUGGGCCUCCAGUUCUUCGGAGGCCAACUCCCGCUGCCAGACCCCGACGAAGCAGAAGCCCAGCCCCGCGCCACCCCAGCUCUGCGUCGUGGAGGCCCCAUCCGAGCCCGUGGAGUGGACCGGGGCUGAAGAGUCUCUGUUCCGCGUAUUCCACGGCACCUACUUCAACAACUUCUGCUCCAUCGCCCGGCUGCUGGGCACAAAGACGUGCAAGCAGGUCUUCCAGUUUGCGGUCAAAGAAUCGCUCAUCCUGAAGCUGCCCACUGACGAGCUCAUGAACCCCUCCCAGAAGAAGAAGAGGAAGCACAGGUUGUGGGCCGCACACUGCAGGAAAAUCCAGCUGAAGAAAGACAACAGCGCCACACAAGUGUACAACUACCAGCCCUGCGACCACCCAGACCGGCCCUGCGACAGCACCUGCCCCUGCAUCAUGACCCAGAAUUUCUGUGAGAAGUUCUGCCAGUGCAACCCGGACUGCCAGAACCGCUUCCCCGGCUGCCGCUGCAAGACCCAGUGCAACACCAAGCAGUGCCCCUGCUACCUGGCUGUGCGCGAGUGCGACCCUGACCUGUGCCUCACCUGCGGGGCCUCGGAGCACUGGGACUGCAAGGUGGUGUCCUGCAAGAACUGCAGCAUCCAGCGCGGCCUCAAGAAGCACCUGCUGCUGGCCCCCUCGGACGUGGCCGGCUGGGGCACCUUCAUCAAGGAGUCGGUGCAGAAGAACGAGUUCAUCUCUGAGUACUGCGGUGAGCUCAUCUCCCAGGAUGAGGCCGACCGGCGAGGGAAGGUCUACGACAAAUACAUGUCCAGCUUCCUCUUCAACCUCAACAACGAUUUCGUUGUGGAUGCUACCCGGAAAGGGAACAAAAUUCGAUUUGCAAACCACUCAGUGAACCCCAACUGUUACGCCAAAGUGGUCAUGGUGAACGGAGACCACCGCAUCGGGAUCUUCGCCAAGAGGGCCAUCCAGGCUGGCGAGGAGCUGUUCUUUGACUACAGAUACAGCCAAGCCGACGCCCUCAAGUACGUGGGGAUUGAGCGGGAGACUGACGUCCUGUAGCUGUGCUGUCCAUGCCGCGGCACCGUCCCUGCUUCACGCACGCCACCGCCGCCGGGUCCCGCACUGUGUCUUCCACACCAAGAGCCCCACCCCCUCUGCAGCGAGGCCACAGCUGCAUGCUCGGGACACCCCCAUCUCACGAGGGGCACAGGCGGCAGGGCUAGGCCACCGGGGCAGCAGCUUCUGGAGGCCGUGCCGUAUCUAGGCUCAGGAGGAGGGCACAGGCCGGCCCCAGGCUGUGCUCGGUCCCCAGGUCUGGCCAUGGCCAAGUCACUCAGGUUGCUCCUGGUGACCUGGCCUCAGCUCACAGCUGGGUUUGCUGAUGGGACGCCAGGCACAUCAGAGACCCGGUCCCCAGAGCCUGGCAGGCAGCAGGGCUGGUGCAGGGGGACAGAGGGAGAGCCAGCCAGGUGAUGGCAGUUCCAUUGCGAGCUUAGGCCUGGGGCUGACACGCAAGUGGCUGGGAAACUGUCUCCAUGUUCCGGGGAGGCCCUUGUCCUUCAUGCUCCAGCUCGCCUCUCGGGCGCUGCGAGCUGCACUGCUCCUGUCUGGAGUGGCCGGCUGGUGGGCUUCCCAGACAUGCCCACGUUCACGUUGAGGGUGGCACUGUCCGUGGGUCACCUGGGCCACGGGGAUCCGCCCUGCUGGGUGCAGCAGCUGCCACUGUCUGCAGAGCUCCCGCAGAGCAAAGCACUUUACUCCUUGGUGGUAUGAGCCUGAGGCCCGCCCAGACCCUGCUCCUGGUGAGCAGGGCGGAGCCCCAGCCUCCGCAUUCACCUCCCUGGGAGGCCGGGCUGGCAGUGGAGGAGAUGGGGUCCCCCAGGCUGGGUGGCUUCUGGGGUCCUGCAUGGGCUGCACACAGGCACAGCCCACACCAGUGGGCACAUGCACCCUGCCCCGUGCACGCCCCGCCUCUGGGGCGAUUCGGGGUCUGCCAUGUGAGUUGGGGACCCUCAAGCUGACAGCUCUGAAUGACUCCUGAGUCACGGGGAGCAGGGCCCCCAAGGAAGGUGAGAUGUGAUUUUCUAGCUGCCAACAAUGUUGGACCAACCCCCUCGGCCCAGGCCACCGCCUCUGUGCCCCAGCACUGCCCUGUGUCCUUGCUGUCCCCACCCUUUGGGGCCAGGCCUCCUCUCCCCCCACAGCCCCACGGCUUCAGCCAUCGCCAGUGAUUUUUGCACUUUACAGUCCUGUGGCUUGUGACCUCUUCCUUAAUAAAGUGUUGGCCACCUGG